AUACCAACAUGGCGACUUGGGAUGACAUUUUGAAGUUGCAAGCAGAUUUGAAGCAAGCACAUGAAUCGACGACAAAACUUAAACAGGUGUUUACGGUGGCAGCCCAGCAUUGCGGUGAUCACGGGUGUUCCAAUUAAUGAUAGCGUGCAAUCGCGGCGAUUUCGGGUGUUCGCCGAACACGGUGGUCAGUAGCGUGUCCGUCCCCUCGAAACGUCACCCAACUGGAAAAGUGAACACUGCGGACCGGCGUUUUUGUUUAAGUACAAGACUGUCUGAGAGGAACGUGAUAGAGAUAGUGGCAGGGCUGAUAGAGCGAGGCUUGCUGGAAGUGAUCUACACAGUAGACGGGAAGGAGUACAUCACACCACAGGAGCUCAAGAAGGAGAUCAAGGAAGAACUGCUCGUUCAUGGAGGCCGUAUCAACCUGGUGGAGUUGUCGCAGGUGUUGAAUGUUGACUUCAGCCAUGUUGAGGGCAAGGCCACGGAGGUAGUCUACCAGGACAGCAGCCUCUCUCUGGUACUGGGGCAGCUCAUACACAGGAGCUACUUGGACCGGUUAGCCGAGGAGGUAAAUGACACGCUGCAGGACAAAGGUCAUGUGACCAUCCCUGACCUCACCAAGCAGUAUGACCUGCCUGCCGAGUUCAUUGCCAAGAACCUGCUGUCCCGGCUGGGAACUAUUGUAAAGGGACAGGUAGACAGCUAUGACAAGAACGUGAUCUUUACUGACGCCUUCAUAGCCCGCAUGAGAGCACAGAUACGAGGGGCCUUCAGUGCCAUCACCAGACCAAUUCAGAUAGGAACCCUGCUGCAUCAGUACAGAUUUCAGGAGAGAAUGUUUUAUUCGAUAGUUGAGGACCUGGUGAAGGCAGGUAGACUAGCGGGCAGUCUGUCAGGGGGCCGGCAAGACAAGGCCACGUAUAUACCCCACAUCUACACCAAGUCACAGAACAACUGGGUAGAUAGCUUCUACAAGCAGAAUGGAUAUCUAGAAUAUGAUGCUAUGAAGCGACAAGGAAUAUCCGAUCCGAAGGACUUCAUUCGCAAGCGUUUCCCGGGUGAGCCUAUUGUGUACUUGAGCACGUGUUGUGUGGGGCGUGGUAUACAGGACGGGGUGGAGACCGCAGUGGAGGAGGCCCUGGAGACCGGCACCUGGGUCGAUAUCAAGCCAAUCCUGCCGUCCAUUCUGUCUGCCCAAGAUGCCAGCUCACUCCUGACAGGUUGCCUGAGGAAGCACCCUGGGGCGCUGGUCUGCUGUGAUACCAUCGUGGCCAGUGAGAAACUCAUCUCCCAAUGCUCCAAACCCUUCCCAGACCUCAUGGCCCAGAAGGCAGAGAAGGACGCCAAGAGCCACCCUGUGUUCAAGAUCGGUGCUGACGGUGGUGGCGAGACUCGCUCAAAGGAAACCAAGGACACCGGGGGAGGUAAAUCUGGCCAGACCAAAGAUGACAGGAAGGACCAGCGCAGACAGAAGGCUGUUGCCGGCAGUGGCAGCACUAAGACAUUGACUGGGACCCAGGGUCGUGAAAUCAAGACCAAGUCCUUGAAGAAGAAGGGUCACAAGAGUCGCGAUGACCUGGGGUCAGACGAGGAGGUGACGACCUCUAAGCCCAAGUCAAGGUCACAGGAGAUAGAGUUCAUGACCUUGGAGGAGAUUGAGGGUGUACUCAGGAAGGAGGAGUCACUGAAGGAAUGCCCCGAGGAACUUGUGGCAGAAAUAGCUCAGCAGCUGCUCAGGCCGCUGACAAAGCAGUACCAGGAGGUGGCCCACUCCGUGUUCCUGCAGUCUACAGGCACGGCUGCCUCACGCAAGAAGACUCACGGACAGCUACAGGACAGACUCACGGCUCUCUGGACCAACGCUAGACUCUUUGAGAAGGGACUCAAACUCAUGCCAGAGGACGUUCAGGAGCAGCUAGUGAGACACCUGCUGAGGACUGUGUGCACAGACAUCACCAACCUGGUCCUGAACGCCGUGGCAACAGAUCACAUGCAUUCCGUUGAGGACGAGACCCUCUUCACAACCGAGCAACAGAUUACAUGCAUUCUGUGGAGGACGAGACCCACUUCACGACUGAAUUAUGUUCAUAGCAACAGAUUACAUUCAUUCUGUGGAGGACAAGACCCACUUCACAACCAAGGUAUGUUCAUAGCAACAGAUCACAUGCAUUCUGUGGAGGACGAGACCCACUUCACCAGUGAGCAACAGAUCACAUGCAUCCUGUGGAGGACAAGACCCACUUCACAACUGAGUUAUGUUCAUAGCAACAGAUCACAUGCAUUCUGUGGAGGACAAGACCGACUUCACAACCGAGGUAUGUUCAUAGCAACAGAUCACAUGCAUUCUGUGGAGGACAAGACACACUUCACAACUGAGCAACAGAUCACAUGCAUUCUGUGGAGGACGAGACCCACUUCACAACCGAGGUAUGUUCAUAGCAACAGAUCACAUGCAUUCUGUGGAGGACGAGACCCACUUCACCACCGAGGUAUGUCCAUAGCAACAGAUCACAUGAAUUCUGUGGAGGACGAGACCCACUUCACAACUGAGAGUCGACUUAAACUGAUCCCAAAGCUGCCAGAGCCAUUACAGACUAUCAUGGGAAAACUGAAUAGCUCACUGAAUGGGAAGAGCCUUGAUGAGUUUUUUGGCCAUCUGGACUUGCUGUGUGGACCCGCACAUCUGGGUAUACUGUUGAGAAAACCAGACAAGAAGAAGGAGAAACCUUGCACCCAUCGUCAGACCCUGCUGGAGCAGCUGCACACUGAGACAGACCCUGCCAUGACCCUGCACCUAACCUGUGUGAUCCUCUUCCACAAGGUCACACAGGCAAUCCUGCACCUGCCAGGUCGCUGUGUACCCCUGGUACUCACAUUCCUCAAGAACCACUUGGAGCCAGAGAAGUUUCAGGAAUUAAUCAAUCUGCAAGUGCAUGUAAUGUUGGGCUGGGAGUCGGAGGGGGAGACAGGAGACCUGCUGACGGCUCUACUGGAGGGCAGAUAUGCCUCUGUGGGGUCUCUACGAGACCUAGUCAUAGCCCGAUUACAAAGCAAGCAGGCUGCUGGGGAGGGGGACUCAGGUGACCUUGAAGACAGCAUUCAGAAAGUCAAGGUCAUUGCUGUGGAAACAAAGAAGUCUAUAAGCAAGGGAGCAGCCAUGGAGGGAGUGACAGCUGAGGAGGACUGAGGCAUUGUGGGAAACCAAAACUUCCUAAUAGACCUACCAAACAGUGAUGUACUAAAUCAACAUGGGUUAUUAAAAUAGUGAUUAAAACACCUUCAGAGUUUUGAUAAUUUUUUAAGUUUUUUAUUUUUAAGGUACAAACAUGUUCAUAUAUGUUACUGACUUCAUAACUAAACCAUUAUUGAAUAUUAACAACAAAAUGGCAUGUGUGAAUUUAAAAAAAUGCUCAUAAUAAUCUUAACCCUUUGCAUGCUGGGAAAUUUGUUGUCUGCUAAAAUGUCGUCUGCAGAAUUUCUAAAAUAGCAUUUUCUUCGAUUUUUUUUUCAAAGAAUACUAUCAUAAUAGCAAGCAGUUUGGAUCCAGAUGAGACGCCACGUUCUGUGGCGUCUCAUCUGGAUCCAAACUGUUUGCAAAGGCCAUUAAAAUUCGGUUCCCGCACUGAAAGGGUUAAAGAAUGUGCUGCAAAACCACACUGACACUCUCGAUUAAAAGCUUCUAUUAUGAUUUAUUUGUUUUUCAGUAAAUAAAACAAGUUUAUUAAAUGGUUUUACAUUUAUUUUUGAAUUGUAUGUAAUUAUUAUUUAUAAACAUUUGUACAGCAAAACAAUGUUUUUAAGGUGGGGAAUAAAUUGUUAACAUUCA